AUGGCUGUCUGCGUCGGGAUGCUGAGCCUGGGGAGGCUGUGCGCCGGGAGCCCGGGGGUGCUGGGGGCCCGGGCCGCCCUCUCUCGGAGUUGGCAGGAAACCAGGUUGCAGGGUGUCCGCUUCCUCAGUGCAAGGGGUGGGAUGGAAGCUGGCAAACAGAGGAUUUCAGUUCCCAGUAGCUUCACUGCCUCUGCAGCAGCACAUUCCAGAGAGGUGGAUCGCAUGGUCUCCCUGCCCAUCGGAGGCCUCAGCUACGUUCAGGGGUGCACAAAAAAGCAUCUUAACAGCAAGACUGUGGGCCAGUGCCUGGAAACCACAGCACAGAGGGUCCCAGAACGAGAGGCCUUGGUCGUCCUCCAUGAAGACGUCAGGUUGACAUUUGCCCAACUCAAGGAGGAGGUGGACAAAGCUGCUUCUGGCCUCCUGAGCAUUGGCCUCUGCAAAGGUGACCGGCUGGGCAUGUGGGGACCUAACUCCUAUGCAUGGGUGCUCAUGCAGUUAGCCACCGCCCAGGCGGGCAUCAUUCUGGUGUCUGUGAACCCAGCCUACCAGGCUAUGGAACUAGAGUAUGUCCUCAAGAAGGUGGGCUGCAAGGCCCUUGUGUUCCCCAAGCAAUUCAAGACCCAGCAAUACUACAACAUCCUGAAGCAGAUCUGUCCAGAAGUGGAGAAUGCCCAGCCAGGGGCCUUGAAGAGUCAGAGGCUCCCAGAUCUGACCACAGUCAUCUCGGUGGAUGCCCCUUUGCCGGGGACCCUGCUCCUGGAUGAAGUGGUGGUGGCUGGCAGCACACAGCAGCAUCUGGACCAGCUCCUGUACAACCAGCAGUUCCUGUCCUGCCAUGACCCCAUCAACAUCCAGUUCACCUCGGGGACAACAGGCAGCCCCAAGGGGGCCACCCUCUCCCACUACAACAUUGUCAACAACUCCAGCAUGUUAGGAGAGCGCCUGAAACUGCAUGAGAAGACACCAGAGCAGUUGCGGAUGAUCCUGCCCAGCCCCCUGUACCAUUGCCUGGGUUCCGUGGGAGGCACAAUGAUGUGUCUGAUGUAUGGUGCCACCCUCAUCCUGGCCUCUCCUGUCUACAAUGCCAAGAAGGCACUGGAGGCCAUCAGCAGAGAGAGAGGCUCCUUCCUGUAUGGUACCCCCACGAUGUUCGUGGACAUUCUGAACCAGCCAGACUUCUCCAGUUAUGACAUCUCGACCAUGUGUGGAGGUGUCAUUGCUGGGUCCCCUGCACCUCCAGAGUUGAUCCGAGCCAUCAUCAACAAGAUAAAUAUGAAGGACCUGGUGGUGAGUGGUGACCGGGGCCCGGGCUGGGCAGGGGGUAUCCUGGAAGAUACCAGCUCACUUGCUGGAAUCACCAAAGAGGGACAUAGAGGACCUGUUAACCCAGCCCCCACCUGUUUAAUGGCGGCCAGCUUUCUUGGACCUCUUGGUGGGGAACUUGCAGCUGCGGAAAGCGUCCGUGUCACGGAUGUGCUGGCCCUUGAACUUGGCAGGCAAAGCUCUCUCCAUUUCCAAGGACCACCUAUCCUGAAGCAAGAGGAUAGGAAGCCCCAACCUGAGGCCAUCCUGUCCCAGGCCCGGAUCAUGAACAUGGAGGCGGGAACGCUGGCAGAGCUGAACACGCCCGGGGAGCUGUGCAUCCGAGGGUACUGCGUCAUGCUGGGCUACUGGGGCGAGCCUCAGAAGACAGAGGAAGCAGUGGAUCAGGACAAGUGGUAUUGGACAGGAGAUGUCGCCACAAUGAACGAGCAGGGCUUCUGCAAGAUCGUGGGCCGCUCUAAGGAUAUGAUCAUCCGGGGUGGUGAGAACAUCUACCCCGCAGAGCUCGAGGACUUCUUUCACACGCACCCGAAGGUGCAGGAAGUGCAGGUGGUGGGAGUGAAGGACGAUCGGAUGGGGGAAGAGAUUUGUGCCUGCAUUCGGCUGAAGGACGGGGAGGAGACCACAGUGGAGGAGAUCAAAGCUUUCUGCAAAGGGAAGAUCUCUCACUUCAAGAUUCCGAGGUACAUCGUGUUUGUCACAAACUACCCCCUCACCAUUUCAGGAAAGAUCCAGAAAUUCAAACUUCGAGAGCAGAUGGAACGACAUCUAAAUCUGUGAAUAAAGCGGGAGGAAGGGUCCGCCCAGGCCCUCCUCCUGUCCAUCCACCACAUUCCCCUGUCUGUCCUUGUGAUUUGGCAUAAAGAGCUUCUGUUUUU